CACGGUUAGAGCAUUUCAGUUACGUACUGAAUGAAGGCAGUAAACAGAAGCAAAUCGACUUUUGUAGUAGAGCACAAACAGUUGCUGCGUACUAGAGAUGUAUGAAUCUUAAAAUGUAACAACUUGUUUUCAGGAUUGGUUUAAUAGUUUAAAGUUAGAUUAUUAGUUUGAAUUUUUAUCUUGGACUUUUAUGAGGUGUAAUCGAAUCAUUGAAGCAUGACGACUACGUCAUUACCCGAUGGGCCAACAGGCGUCGAGGGGAGAGUGUUUGCAAUUAAACCUGGCUUGAAGGUAAAAGAAGUCAACGUGUGGGACUUAUUUCCAUCGUUAUAUACGAACUCAACAUUAAACGGGACUUUACCUACCCCCACCUACCGAACCGUGACCGAGCUUUGCGCCCCCUUCCCCCCUUGUAACCCACUGGGUUGUGGGAAUCCCCUCCAAGCACCCAUUGAUUGUGAGAGUUGCGACCGAACAGCAGUUACGUUGAUUUUGUUGGGGAUGGCUCUUCUAUCUUUGAUGAUUGUGUUGACUAACGUUCUUGUGAUCGUGAUCAUCUUACGCAACAGCACGUUGAGACGUCGACACGGAUACAUCAAAGUUUCCUUGGCUGUCAGUGAUCUUUUGGUUGGUCUGUUCGUUAUGCCAUCCACGAUUUACAACAUGGUUACAUCACUUUUCUUACCGCUACACCCGGAACUGUUUCGUUGGGAAGCAAACGGAAUAAAUCCAGACCCGACAGGACUUGCGUCCGUCAAGUUUUUGCAACUCAAUUCGUUGGGAAGUGUUUUCUUCGGUACCGUCCUCGUGGUGUCGGUGACGUCAUCAAUCUAUAAUUUGCUUCUCCUGAGUCUUGACAGAGCGUUGGCCAUUACUCGUCCCUUGCAACAUCGAUCUGGUAAAUACUUCACCAAACGAAGACUCGGGUUAUGCAUUGGCGCAGUUUGGGUGCUGGGCAUAGGCGUGUCAUGUGUACCAGCUUUCCAUUCGUCCGAGUUCGGCUACGCUUUGGACCCCACCACAUUCUUCUACAUGCAAAUCAAAGUUUCAGCAGGUUCAGGCACAGAUGGAGUGGGCGCAAUCGCUCUUUUCUCUUUGCUGGUCAUGGGUGUCCCGUACAUACUCGUGGUAAUUCUAAACAUAAUUACGAUGGUGGUCACUUCGAGACGUUUGGAAGUACGACGACAACUUGGAAGUCAGAUUUACAGAACUAACAACAAAAAAGCGGGAAAUCAUAUGAGUGAACCCGCUCAGAGAUUGAAAAUGAUACUCGACACGUGCCCCGAGAUGAGUUACGGCGAAAACACCAAAUCCUCGUCAAUUGGAUUUUCUUUGCCUACCAAGUGGCGACACAACCAUUCAAACAAUUCUAACGAUACUAACGUUCCAGGACGACUGUCUCGCGAAAGGACUCGAAAGCGUUGGCUCAGUUUUUAUUAAAGGAAAAUUCAACACCAACCCGGUUAAGAAAGUCAACUCUAGAGUUAUGAGGAUGAUAACUACAAUGGUGGGAGUUUUCACUGUGUGUGUCUGUCCCUACGUCAUUGUGACUGGAUUAAUGUUCAAUGGGACAUUAAACUGCAACAACAGUGGUCCGUUGUACAACGUAGCAAUAUACCUUGUUGUCAUGAACAGUGCAAUGAACUUCUUUAUUUACAACUUCUGGUACAAAAACUUCAGGCAGCAAUUUCGGGCUGUGUUCCAAACAACAGCAGAGCGCAGACGAAAUGCAGGGAAAGCCAGUGUGGCAGCAACUUCCGCUUCUCGCUCCCGAACUUCAACCGGUAACUGGUCAUCGUUGGCCAAAGGAUCAGCUACGCGUUCUGUGGAAUAUAAAGGUGGUGUCACGUCCUUCCUCCAACCUGCGCCUGUGUCCAACCAAAAGUUACCAGAAUAGACAAGUUAUAAAUUGGCAAUAAGUCUUCGCGCAGCAUGUUUUGAACAAUUCGCAAGCAUAAGUGUCGUUUCGUUGUUUAUGUUUGAGCCCUUAAAACAAGUUAUACGUGUGUGAAAUUACGUUUUCUCUAAACUUUUUUCUAUAGACGUCAACAUACAAGCGAAUAUAAGUCAUUUUCACCGACUUCCACGUUUCUAUCUUCUUUCCCAGCAAUCGUCAUUAUACCGCCAUCCUUAUCUUUACGCAGUGCAAUAACAUUGCCAGUUUAAGUUUAUGAGACUUUGUAGAAGUGUUGGGACUUUUUGUUGGUGAAAUAAACUGCGGUACGACUGUCA